AUGGCCAUCACGGGGACAAUUAGCAUCGCGCCGGACAACACCGGCUUGUGGGCGCUCAAGCAGUCAGAUGCUGCUGCCAAGAAGACGAGCGAGCUACUCCAGCAGGACUUUGAAAACCAUCACGUCUUCUUCAACCAAGACGGCUUUCAUAACCACAUCAGCCACCACAUCUUGUCCCUAUACGGGACAGGAGCUUCCAUCGGUGCCAUAGAAAAGGGAUACAAAGACAAUAGCUCAUAUCAAAGACCUGUCGUUAAACCUCACGAUGAUCCGGCCCAGACACUUCGAGACUGGGAGACGGCAAAGAAACGUCUCGGGAAGGAACAAUACUACACGGACUUCCUCAUCUUCUUCCGCGCCGAGAUCGAGCGUCUCGGCGGAUGGCAGCAGGUUCUACAGGAGUACCUGUUCAAGCAGGACGACGAGCGCAGCCUGGACAUGCUCGUCCGCAUGCACUCUGGCUUCCUGCACCCCAUGAUCCAGCUCAUGUUUGGUGUCGAAUGGUCCCAGCCGACCAUUGUCGCAAUGGCUCUCGCGCAGGCCUCCGUGCACGGCGACGCUCCUUACCGCAAGAUCUUCCUCGAGGCCGAGGAUGGAGCCGUCAAGAACUACCAGGACAAAGAGAAACGCAUGCCCAGCAUCAUCAGCCUGAUGGAGGAGAUGAGGGCCAACGAGAAAAUAGCAAACUCAACCAAGCUCUCAGACGGUAACAAGAUCCGCGACGGCGUAAUGAAGCGUGCCCCCGAUGAGACAAUGCGCAUCCUCACGAAGGUCCACGUUAGCCCGGAGAACUUCCAGGAAGAACUGGCCCAGAUGAUCGAUGCCAAUGUUUAUGCUGGCGCCAGCGCAGCCAUUCGGCAAGGCAAGCAACCUAGAUGGGACUUCUUCCUGAUCCAUCACAUCAAUGUCCUGCCCAUCUACAUUGUGCUCGGCCAGCAGGAUUGGAUCCCGCUCGACGUCAAAGUACGCUUGCUGGAAUGGAAGAUCCGUAUCGAUCUCCUGCAGUACGCCGCCCGGGUUUGCCCUGAGCUCUCCCUCGACAAAAUCACCUCGUACACGCCCAAGAACCCCACCAGGGAGCCCGAUCACGAUCUCGUCGUCCGCGUGCACAACAUCGACCACGACGACGGCCACGCAAUCAAGCUCCUCCGUGCCGUCGGCGCGGCCAAGAAGUUCACCGAGCCGUUCCGCCGCGACGUGAACUCCGCUGCGCAGCUGCACCUGCAGCUCCGUGACGACGCCAUUUACAACAAGAUAUAUCACCUCGUGGCCGACGCAGUCGAGUCUGGCGAAAGCGGUCGGUGGAUCCGCGGCGCCGGGGAUCCGGAAGCAUGGCAGGAUGUGCCAGAUACUUCUGCGACGGAUAGUGGAAAGUUGUAG